AGGUUUUUUGCUGAUCGCACUGAUGAAACUGUUGUAGGCAUUGUGCUAAGAUAAUCUCCGAAGGAACUUGUAAAUGGCUAAACAGUUUUGAUAUUUUGUUCCCCGAAAUCGAAAACACAUAUUCUUUGAAGCACAUAACAAGGYGAGAUUACGGGAUUAUAGCAAGUCUCACAACACAGCAGAUCUAAUUUUUAAUCUAGCAAGAACCACUAGAAAGAUGCCACCAUAGAGGAACCACAAUGCACGACUUCUUAUUCCUUUAGUUUAGUACAGGACAUACAAGAUAGGCCUCAUUGUAUCAUCGACGCAAAUAUGGAUUGUAAGAACUUGACAGGCAACAUCUCACAGCCAACAAGUCCAACAAACAGUUACAGCAUAGCUAGCUGUACCACAUUAUGUGCAUCAAGUUUUGUGUUCUACGUUAUCAUCAUAGCAAUUGCUGUAAUUGGAAAUGUAUUAGUGGUGUAUGCUUUUAGUACAAACAACAAGAUCAGACAAUCACUAGCGACAUAUUUCAUAGUGAGUCUUGCUGUAUCCGAUAUGUUUACUGCAUCGGUUGUUAUGCCGUUUGAYUUAGAGAUGGUACUAGUCGGAUAUACAUGGCGUCAUGGACCACUCAUGUGUAGUAUCUGGACGACUAUGUACCUUUUGAUGGUACCUACAUCUAUACUCAACUUACUGGCUCUCACAGUAGACCGUUAUAAGACACUAAGCGACCCACUAAACAAGUUUAAAGAGUCUCCAUUCAUGACCAGAAAAAAGGCKUUGGCUAUAAUUGCAGGAAUUUGGGUCUAUUCUUUGUUAUUUGCYCUGAUCCCCGAGUUGGGUUGGAGUAUAUAUCCUAGUGUUAUCGUUAAUGGUGCAUGUGUUUUCAAUAUUUCACCAGUGUACAGCAUGCUCAGCUCAGURGUGAACUUCUUUGUUCCUCUCGUGUCAAUGUGUUUCUUAUAUUUUCAUAUUUAUCGCAUUGCAAUGAGAAAGAACCAAAUGACAGUCAAYCUUCUACAAAUUGCCAAUUCUCCUCGAAUGAACCUUAACCAUGCCAMGAAAAAUUACAACAUUUCGUCGAUUAACACCAAAAAACAGAAGAUGCUUUUGAGAAACACUCGUGCAUCCAAGACUGUCUUGGUGAUAGUGUGUACAUUUGUACUAUGCUGGAUGCCUUACACAAUCUUCAGUUUUAUCUACGCUGCAUGCUUUACAUGUUUUUAUGUUAAAGGAAUCGAAGUAUUAAACACAGUUUUCCUWAUCAUGGGAUAUUCCAACAGCGCUUUGAAUCCUUUUUUGUUUGGUCUAACACAUCCUUUAUUUARGAAGACUUUUAAAAUGCUGUUUAAAAAGUUACUUUCCAAGAUUCAUCAGCCACGUCAGGGUGCGACGCUAAGGCCGAGUAACCCACCACAUCGAAUCACACACAGUGGAUCUGUAUACAUGUUAAACGAAACAUUGUACAACAACAGUGAAACUGAGUCGAUUGACUUUCAAUAACAGGGGAUGCUGUCAUAUCAAAUGUCCCUUUGCAGAAAAGUCCACCAUUAUCAUUUUUGAGGACUUGACUGACUAAACAAGAUUGUGAUAGUGAAUUGUGUCAAUAACGCGCCCUUAUUUCACUAUCCAUGAAAUUUAUUUAUAUGAAAGAAUUAGCCYAAACAACACAAAUCGGUUAGUUUAUUUUUGUCUGCAAACAAUGAUGGACAAGCUGUAAGAGUCUGGGCAGAUCUUCUGCUCCAUUGAACGAGUACAUUAGUAGUGACAGAGUGAAGUUUAUAUCGAUAGAAGUAUAAAAACUAACAAAA